CGGUAAAACUUUCCUACUGGCUCAUACCGGAUGUGUCGCACUAAAAACGCGACUCUACCGGAUAUUAAAGCGGACCGAAAGGAAAGUGGAAGAGACUGAAUCACAAUGAACACCCGGGGACUCCGCUCUCAGCUGAAAGACAGUGUACCUGUGGCAGGCCUCUGUCCUCGGGGACCGUAUGGAAUCCAGGACUCUCUGCGGAGCGGCUUUACCAGUGUAAAGAAUGAGCUCCUUCCCAGCCACCCACUGGAGCUGUCAGAAAAGAACUUCCAGCUGAACCAGGACAAGAUGAGUUUCUCGACUCUCAGAAACAUCCAGGGUCUUCAUGCUCCACUGAAACUGCAGAUGGAGUACAGGGCAGCCAGACAGAUCCAACGCCUGCCAUUCUUACAGAGUUCAAACCUGGCUCUGGAUACGCUGCGAGGCAGCGACGACUCCAUUGGCUUUGAGGACAUCCUCAACGAUCCAGCCCAGAGCGAAAUGAUGGGAGAGCCUCACAUGAUGGUGGAAUACAAACUGGGACUGUUGUAAAAGAAAAUGGACGCAGAUCCACACACAUCUCUAGUUUAUUAUUUGUUUAUAGGCUCAAAAACAAGAAGUCACCGACUCAGGUUCUGGGGCUUAAUGGGUGGGGUGGGUGGGGGCUGGGCUGAGAUUGUAAAUGACGUGGAUCUGGAGUCUUAAACAGGCAUUCAGGGCUGCUUUUGUAUUAUUCCAAUCUGGCUGGUAUUUCUAUUAAACUUCAUAACCGUC